AUGUCAGAAGUUUGUGUACCAUUGUAUAUUGGAUCUCAAGCUUUUCAACGACAUGACAUUAUCCACAAUCAUUCUCCAGAAUGGGUGAAAAUGCUGUUACCGAAUGCUGUUGCUAUGAUAGAUUCUACAUAUGUGUAUGUACAAAAGUCUUGGAAUUUUAAUAAUCAAAAGAAAAGUUAUUGCCAGCAUAAGGCCGACAAUUUGGUAAAAAUGAUGCCUAUUAUGUUGCUCGACGGUAAAUGGUUCGAUAUUUACGGCCCAUAUUUCUCAGACGGAUACAAUAAAGACGAACUCAUAUGGAAUACUCUCAGCGAUGAUAAAGUAGAAGAUUAUGAAAAAAAAGAUUUAUUUGCACAUAGUCAACAGCUUCAUGCAAUAUUCUCCAAAAAUUAUAUGUUUAUCGGUGACAGAGGUUUUGCAAGAUGUAAAGGAAAAUGGAGCUUAUUUACACCUGAUUCAAUAUGUAAAGGUGAAACACAAUUGUCAACUGUAAAAGCAAAUCAAACAAGGUGUAUAACUAGAGUUCGUAAUGCUAUUGAACGCGGCUUUGGAAGAUUAAAACAAUGGAAUGUUAUUGGUUCUGUUGUAAAUACUGAUUUUAUACCUGUUAUUGGUUCAAUAAUGAGAAUACUAUGUGCUGUUGACAAUGCUUACUUUUCUAAUUUGGUGCUAGAUAAUAAUGACACUCUUGAACACGCUCAAUAUACAAUAAGAAAUAUACAAUUAGAGAAUGAAGUUGUACACAUGGAAGCCAAUACAACUGGUUGGAAAAAAGCCAACACAAGCGAUAUAUCAAGUAUUAUUACGUCCUACGACGAGAAUGAUGUAAAGCAAUGCAAUGGUGAAUAUUCGGUAAGAAUAGCACAUGCAUAUUUAGGACAUAUUCAACAAGAGUGGUCAACUUACAUCCAUCCUGAUUUUCCAUCAACAGUUAAAAUAAAAAAUAUUAUAUCAAGAUACAAGACAACGGACAAUCCAAAACAGCAUACUGUAUGGAUACGGUUUGGUCAUAAUAAACUUGACGAUAUUGCUUCUUAUUGCACUUGCAAAAGCGGUUUGCGUACUGCAGGUGGCACUUGUUCUCACGUAACCGCAGCUUUAAUCGCUUUAAUUCAUUGGAAAAACAAUAAAAAAAUACCAAGUUUUUAUACAACAGCUUCAGCAUUAUUUUUCAAUGUUUUGGAUUGUACCACAUACAAGAAGAGCAAAAUGAAACAAGCAUCAGAAGAAUAUUACGGAGCAAGUAGUGAUACUGAAAGCUAA